GUAUGAUCGAGUAUCGCCGCCUAGCCCAUUGCAAUUGCAAGCAUCAUCAAGACCCACGAAUCAUUAAGAAAGACUAACUUAGAAUCUAGAUCUAGCUACUUUAACGGUCAUGAUCAUCUCGGCUUUAAUACUGUUAGUAUUAGAGUGACUAUUAUAUUCUCAGUCGGUUGAUGGAGCCUGUUUCUCCACACAAUAAUUAAUUAUCUUUCGGAGUUUUGCAUCCCCCACGGCCCGGCCAGCCAAGGACGCAGCCACCCACCCGGCAACCCGGGCCCCAGCCGAAGCCUACUCUUGUGAAAAUCGUCUCGAAGCUAAGCCAAGCGGCUCGAGUCAGACGUCAGCUCAAGCUUCAGCUCAGCCCAGUUCAGAUUUCAGUCUCUUCAUUGGUUGGAAAAGGACAGAUCAGAAUCAUCACAUUUGUGACACUUACAGUGUAGCAUCAUCCCUAUAAUGGAAGCCAACAGUCCUGGAAACUGCACAAGCUUACAAUCAGGCCGAAUAAUCUUGGUUAUUUACAGUGCUCUCAGCUAGUAACAUUUGACCAGGUGAGGCAACCCCAGAUGCCGAGAUGUUUAGUUUUCGCCGUCUGAGCGAUACAACAAACCCUUCAGAAGCCAACAGUCAGCCAAGGGUUAUCGUCAAAGAUGACAGCAGUGAUUCAGUGGUCAGUGACUCUCAUGAUGGUCACCUUGCCAGGACGGAACCUCUCUCAUUGCGAGAGAAGAUCCAUGACUUCAUGGAGACACAGAGAUUUCACAUCGCAAUCCUAGUCCUCGUCGUCAUCGACUGCAUCUUAGUAAUCGCUGAGCUGGUUAUUGAUUUUCAGGUGUUGAGUGAAGAGGGUGGGAAGUGUAAUGCAACAGAAUCUGAAAAGGAAGAGAAAGAAGUGACUGCUGCCAAUGUUCUUCACUACAUGAGCCUUGGUAUACUAUCUAUCUUCAUGAUUGAACUUAUGAUCAAGAUACCGGUCUUUUGGAUGGAGUUUUUCAGGAGUAAACUAGAGGUAUUUGAUGGAAUCAUCAUUGUGAUAUCAUUUGUACUGGAUAUUGUAUCUCUAAUCUUUGAAGAGCAGUUUGCAGUAUUACAACUUCUUGUUCUGCUUCGACUUUGGAGGAUAGUCCGAGUAGUCAAUGGAGUCAUCCUUUCAGUAGAAACACAAGCUAAGAAGAAGAUAGAGACACAGAAACAUUUAAGAUUGGAGGUGGAACACGAGCUGGAAAAGUUUAGAAAGUACUGUGCUGCACAGGAAAAAGAGAUUGAAGUCUUGAGAAAUACCCUUAAUAAACAUGGCAUCCAAAUAGAUGAUGACUAUGUGGCUGAGAAGCCCAAAUUCAGUCUCAAUCAGCUGAAUGUGGUGGUUGAGAUGAACUCUGCUGAUGACAAGCAUGAGACAGGAGGAGGGGAUGGAGGGGUGCAAGGGGGUAAUGAUGACAUGGAUACCAGAUGGCGAGAAAAGGAACGAGAGGCGCUAGGAGAACAAACAAUCACCCUGACGACGGAUAACAAUGUGAACGAGGUUCAGGCUGAUUCCCAUCCUGAGGACUCCUCAAUCUCUUGAAAACAACACCUUGAAAAAAAAAAUGUUUAAUACACAAACCAUGCCUCCUGCAACUAUUGCCUAGCAGUAGAUUAUGAUAAUAAAAAUAAUAAGGCAAGUUAUAAUGCACUCAUGAUACCCUCAUGUUACACAAACUGAAUCAAUGUAUUUGUUUCCUCAGGAAAAGGCAGUAAUCCUCGAUUCCCUUUGCGAGGAUUUGAAGAAAGCCCUUUUAGCAGCAUAGACCCCAAAUGUGGCAUAAGAUCUACAGACUGUAUAUAUCCUUUUAACCAAGUUGCUCAUAAAUCCUUUAACACCCCCAUCCUAAUAUUGUACAUAUAUGCACUAUUAUUCAAGAGGAAACUUGAAGCAGUUUUUGACACAGCAUAUGAUGAGCAUUAAGCAAUACAUCCAUACAUGGGUAUAUUAUGUCUUUUUAUAACCUCAUGACAAACAAGAGCCUUAUAAAUUGUUUUAAUCAUAAAGACAUUAUAUAAAAAUUUUAUAAGUUGCCUCAUAUGCACAUUUGGUGUAAAGUGUUUUUAUUUACUUUGGCAAAACAGACUUUCAGUUUUUCCAUGUGAAAAAAAAAAUCUUAUUUAAUGUUACACAUUUCCAAUGUUUUUCCCCCCUAAGCAACCUUCCAAUUUGGACAUUACACGUAUAUAUGUUGAUGAUUCAUGUAGGAUUUUUGUCAAUGCAUUUUUUUUGUUGUGACGUUGUAUAAUGGGCUAUUAUUCAACACAUUGUAUUCUUCCAAUAUAAUAAGGGUCUCAUUUCAUGAAAAAUUGGCAUUGAUCAUUGUGCUAAUUAUUAUAUAUAUAUUUUUGUCAAACAUUACCCAUCAUGAACAUGUCUAUACCUCAUAGUGAUUUUGAAAUCACUGAGGUAUAGGUAUCACUAUAAAUUGAAAUUCUAUUUGUAUUUCUAAUGUCAUGAUUUGAAAAUAGGCAAUACAUUGUUCCUAAAUUGAGAAUCUACUUGCCUUGCAAAUUCUUGUCAAUAUUUGGUUAGGUCUCUAUUUGAAUCAUUUGAAAUAUAUUUGAUGUUAUUUAAUGUAAUAUAUAACCUUUUACAUCAUUCAUGUGUUCUAUGAUCUGAGGCACCCCAACCACAUUAUUUGUAUACUUCUGUUUGAUGUAGAAAGGUUAUACAUUGGAUGUAAUAUAAAGAGAUGCAAUUUAAAUAUUUAUAAUGGAUUGUAAGUUUGUACACAUGCUUCAGUAUACAUUUACAGAAUAUGCUUAUCUAUAAAAUCAAUCAUAAUUUUUUUGUUAAAGGGCACUGGGGGCUGUUUCAUAAAACUUUUCAUACAGAAAAAAUUAGUUACAAUUGACUUAACAACUUAAACAUGCUCUUGGAUACUAAAUCAGAUUCUCAAUCAAUGUCCAACAACUUAAUUUCUUAUUGUUAAGCAUUUGAAUGCCAAGUUUAUAUUAUUUGCAAAAAUUUGAUUUAGUUAUAAUAUGAAAUUCACUCCCUCUGUUAAAACACCAGGGAAAAUCUUUUGCAUCUAUAUUGCAGGAUGGUAAAAAUAUAUAUCAUUUAGCCAGAGAACAAUUGUCCCAUCAUUCAUAUAGUCAAGUGUAACCUUACAAACUGCUUUUGGGUCAGUAUGUGGUUGUGUCAUCAUAUGCAUGCAUUACCUCUUUGUCGGUUUGUUGUGUAUAUGUAAACUGCAUUAUGUAAAGUCCAUUGAAAGAUAUUUCACAACCAUUGACAAAGUUUGUAGUAAGAGCACUCAUUCAUACCUGCAAAUUAUUGCUAGGUAGACUUGUAAGCAGGGCUCCCACAGUCAUUGAAAAUCCUGGAAAAAUUUGUGGUCAUGGAAAGUCAGGGAAUUUGGAAAAUUUGUGAAAGUCAUGGAAUCGCAUUUAUCUCUUGGCUAAUGCAGCUUUUCCAGUUUGUCGUGUCUCGCAACUCUCAUACUCUGCUGUUAUAAUUGGUGUUCAUGAUUUCCAUUUUUCCCAGUUUUGUGACAUCCCAAAUUCUACAUAACUCCCGGGAGGUCACGGGAAGUCAUGGAAAGCAGCAAUUUCGUCAUGGAAAAGUCAUGGAAUUCUGUUUUCAAAUUUCUGUGAAAACCCUGUGUAAGGCAAUACUAACAAAUGCCAAGAAUCAACAAUGAAAGAAAGUUUAAAUAUACUUUCUGAAAAAAGGACACAGGAAUGUGUGGCAGGUAUGCUAGUUCAUGGGACAAUUUCAUAUUAUGUAGACACAUACAAUUUUUUAAUGAAAUAUUUAUAUUUUUCCAUUUUAUUUUCUAGCGUUUAAAAAUCAGGUCAUGCCAAAUUUUGAUUGUAUAUUUUUCUAGAAAAUGAAAUGUAUUUUUGAGAAGUUCAGGAAAAGUAUUCAGUGAUAUCAAGAGUAUUUUUCCAUAAAGUUCUGAUCCACUUUUGAUAAUCAGUAGAUUAUUGAGAUAGUUUUUCAAUUGAAUGGGCCUGUUUAAUAAGUGACUUCAAAAAUCAUGUUUUUAGAGAACCUAGGAAAUGAGGUAUUACUUUCCCUACAGAAUUACAAUAUAUUUUAUUCAAACUCAAAGUGAUGAUUUUGGAUAAAUUUCAAUAUCUCAAUUUCACAAUUGUUUGUUGAAUAUCUUUUCAAUUCAGUGGUCAACAAGUAAAGAAUUUACUUCAGCAAUCCACUUUACCUAUGACCUAAAUAUUAAGAACCAUCACCCGGAGACUGUAAUUCAAAGCUUAGCGAUUGAUCGUGAAACAAAUUUUUACAAUUGAUUGCAUAGACCACAAUGCACAAUCAACAAUGAAAAUCAAUCAAAUGUUCAUUCACAAAGCUUUGUGUUACAGGCCCUAUGAUGCUCUCUAACUGUCCAUGUUCAAUACUUCAACACUUCCAAUAAAAUACAGAAGUCUUUUGUAUUUUCAUCUGAUAUGUACAGAAAUGGACCUUAUCUCUUCUGUGGGCAUACUUUUCAUGAAAAUAUUUUUGUAAUAUGUGUAAAUUGAAUCGGUGCAAUUUUUUAACAACUCACAGAUGUUUAUAUAGAUGAUUUAUGAAAUUUAUAUGUAUUUGUCAACUGAAAUUGCAAUGAUUCGUGUUUAAUCUUUUGAGUAUUAAUUGGAUGCAUUGAAACUGUAGUUGUGAAUAUUCUGUAUAAUCCAUAGUGUGAAGGAAAUUCAGCCAAUCUUAGCUUAAUUUAAAAGUACUCAUUACUCACAGUGCACCAUAAUUCGUUGCAAGUCAUCUUUUUGUCAAUGUAGCCUAAGUUAAAAAGGUUAUUCAAUGCUAUGACCCAUGGCCUGAAUCAUAAAGCUUAGUGAGCGAUUCAGAUUGUAGAGCUGGUUAUUAGAUACACAAUGAUCAAUGCAAUUAAUAGUAAAAAUAAGCCUAAUCAUGAAGAACUAAGUAAUUAUGUUUCAGGGCCCAUGAUGGUGGUAUUUUGAGAGUAAGAACUGUGAGACAUUUCAGGGGCCGUUUCCAAAACCAUGUACGAAAACGUAAAAAUUACCAUAUGAUUGUGAUUUUUUGCAUGGUCAGCCCCCCUACUUUGAAAACCGUUCCGCGGCCCCUGCAUUUCACUAGCUCACUGGCCAGAAAUUCCGGUUUGCAAUUUAUUUUGAAAUUUGGCCCUUGUGUCCUUCCAAUAUGAAUAUUAUUUUAAUUUGAAAGCGUGGUUUUGGUUAAUUUUUUUCUGAACAAUAUACAGCCGCAGACCCUUUUUAUUCAGCUUUGAUUUAUUCACAAUUUAGUACUUUAAUAUUGGUAUUUGUUAGUAUUCAUGUAAUACCUUGUUUUAUUUGUCUUUUCAUUUGAAGUGAAUCGAAAUGGUCUUAUUGCAAUUACCACUAAUCAGAAAAUGAGAGCCUCAAAUUGUCAAUGGGUAGGUGGAAAGCAAUAUCGAUACCUGUUUAUUAAAGCAAUACAUCUGUAUUUUUAUGUGUGGGUGGUUGUGUUUUAAAUGAAUGGGGCUGGGGUGUAAGAAGGAUAGUCAAACACUAAGAAUAUCUAUAUAGGGGUGAUAUGAAGUAAGUGUCCCCAUCGUUAGACUGUAAUAUGUUACAUGAAACUCACAUGGAAGGUAAAUGAAUGUAUUAAAUCAUGUAACAAGCUUACAUUCCUAUGUCAUGUGUUGAUAAAGAGGUUUAGUAAGCAAUGAGCCUUUAAUUCUAAUGUAGUUUCACUUUGAAAUUUGAUUCAUUUAUACAUCACUGAAGUUAUGUACAACUUUUAUAGAUGUGCAAUUUAUUUUUAAUUUUAUCGAAAUACUUUCAACAGGCCUGUGGAGAGCUGUACUUGUUAAAAGUUUGUAUUUUCGCAUUAUCAUAUAGAAUCUAAAUUCAAUUCAAAUUAUUUUUUUUUUUUGUUGUUGAAAUAAACAUGUAAUUUUAUAUUGAUCAAUAUAUUGGUGCUAUUGACAGAUCUGGGAAAUUCUAUUGUGAAUAAUAUAUUGAAGAUGUUUUUUGAAUAAAUGUGAAGUAAAAAAAAAUUGUU